CUGGCGGGGGGCAGAGGGGCCUGUGAGCCGCGGUCGCUGUGGGUGACGGGCCAGGGCGGGCGGCACCCGGGAGGUGUCCGGGUGCGUUUGGACCCCGGCUUCGGGGACGCGUCAGAAACAAUGCCAGGGCCUUCCACCGUUUUUGGAUGACAUGGUAGCACAGCCUCAGAUUCCCUCAGCAUCUUGGUCCCCACUGCUGUCCUGUCCACCACCAAGCUGGAAGCAUUCUGGAGGAGGGAGCACUGAUCUUUCCUUCCUCUGGCCGAAGAUGCCUCUCUUUGGAAAUACAUUCAGUCCAAAGAAGACGCCCCCUCGGAAGUCUGCUUCUCUCUCCAACCUACACAAUCUGGAUCGGUCAACCCGGGAGGUGGAGCUGGGCCUUGACUAUGGAACUCCCACUAUGAACCUGGCGGGGCAAAGCCUGAAGUUUGAAAAUGGCCAGUGGAUAGCAGAGACAGGGAUUAGUGGAGGUGUGGACCGGAGGGAGGCUCAGCGCCUCCGGAGGCGGAACCAGCAGUUGGAGGAAGAGAACAAUCUCUUGCGGCUGAAAGUGGACAUCCUGCUGGACAUGCUCUCUGAGACCACUGCCGAAUCCCACUUAAUGGAGAAGGAGCUGGAUGAGCUGAAGAGUGUCAGCCGGAGGAGAAAAUGAUGACCCCAGACACAUUCGUUAGGAGAAUAGGGAGAAACCCAUUGAUCAGAGGAGUAAGAUGUGGCUGAGGGUUUUUUUUAGCCAAACUAGUAGAUUAGGUCCUAGGAGAGAGUAUCAUUCAAUGGGGCCAAAAGGCACUGGUACCCUUGGGUUGGCAAUAGAAAGGUGACAACAAAACGGAGGAAACCAGGAUGCCAGGCCAGGGCAGGAAGUAGGAAUGUACUCUGGCAGCGCGGCACAGGGAGGCCAGUCUGUAAACAAGGCCUCAGGGAGGUGUGGGUGAUGCUAAGACUUUGGGUGCUCUCCAGUCACUCAGCACACACAUACACGUGUCCCACGUUCACCUUCAGGGGACAGACACUGUUGGGAGAAGCAGCUGGAGUUCAUCACCUCAUCCCCUCCUGCUGGGGUUGGGGGUGUGGCACCAGUUCUAAAGAGCCCUGCGUGAGGGGUCUCAGACGAGCAGCUCUCCUGGUUCUCUGCCCCUCAGGCCACUCUCUCUGCCCUUUAAAGCAUACUCGUUCCCCAAACCACAACCUCGUCAGGCUUCAGCUUCUCAGCAGCAAGAACCAGCCUUCCACAGCAACACUAUAUUUUUGUGCUACUUUCCUGUUUACACUACUUUUAAAAAUUAAAUGUUGUUCUGUCAUCUC